AUGGCUUCCGCUUUUCCAUUCUCCUCGUUGCGACACGCAUUCAAUGCGGCCUUUGACGUUUGGUGUAACAAGAUUAAUGUUCAUUCUUGGUUGAUAGCACCCAAUGCUCACACCAAUAUCUGUGAAAAGUUUCUAUUCUCACAUGCAUUCUACACUAGUGUCCCAUCCUCUGUUAUGAAUUCUAGUAUAGAGGAGAUAUAUGCACUUAACAAGCAGUAUCUGCAAAGGUUUGAGUUUCCAUAUUUUACUAUUUCUUCUUUUUGGGAUGGCGAUGUUAUAUUAAUGGAUCUAAAGACGAGCGUUACAAAUAAGUCAGCAUAUGAGUUUGAAUGGGCAUGUCGAAAACAAUUCAUCAUUAUAAAGCAACACAUUUCAAAAUUUUUCUGUAAGAGAGGAUAUGUUCGCUCUACAAAUAAAUCACCAGAAAUUCAAGCUGCGGUAAAAGAUUUUGAUCUCAACAAGAAGCCAUUUUGGAAGGAUGAUUUAGAUCCUGUUGCUUGUGAGAAAGCUAGACGAUUUUGUGAAAUCUGGAAUCCAGGAGAAUAA